AUGGGAGGUCUAUUGAGUGCUCUAUUCAAGGAUAUAUUUUGGAGGUCCAAAGAUAGAUUUCGGGGUCUGACCAAAGAUGGAUUUUGGCCCGGGAGUCUGUCCAAAGAUAGAUGUUUGAGUCUACUCAAAGAUUGCAGUCGACUCAUCGUCAGGAUAGACGGGCUCCUGGAAGCAGAGGCGGCUCUUGAGCAAGCCAGAAACGAGACUGAUGCUGCCAAAGCAGAGAUUGCCGAGCUCAUCAGGUCGAAUCAAGAAACGCAGGAAAGGGCUAUGGCAGCUCAGCAGGCCGCUGAGCAAGCUGCGGCAGCUUCACAGGAUCAGGCCCGUAAGGAAAUGGAGGCGAUGGGCCAGGCUGCAAAGGCUGCCAAUGAUGCCCGCUUACUGGCAGAAGCUGCUGCCCAUACCGCUAAUGAACAAACGAAGCAGAAGGCAGCGGAAGCAGAGGAGGAGCGUAAGCGAACUGCCGCUGUACAAGAGCAAGCCAAACGAGACGCCCAGGCUACCCAGGAGCAAGCCGAGAGACUACAAGAAGCUGCCGAUGAGGAGAGGAGGAGGGCAACUGCCGUCCAGAAGGCGGCCAACGCGUCGAAGAAAGUGGCAGAAGAGCAAGUAAAGACGGCCAAUGCUGCCAAGGAGGAGGCUGAACGCAAGUUGAAAGAAGGCAUUCAACCUGUGGCGACUCCCUCUCCUGAAGAAGUUAGCGCCGCCAAGCGGAAAGUUCAAUAUCGCGAGGACCUUUUUCACUUUGCAGUAGCCGGGGUAGCAGGAGCAGGGAAAUCAUCUCUCAUCAAUGCCUUUUGCGGUUUACGCAAUAAGGACCUCAGAUCUGCUGCCACUGGUGUCACCGAGACAACGCUAGCCAUGGCUAGAAUCCCUCACCCCGAUGCGGAAUAUCCUCUUGUCUGGUACGAUAUCCCAGGUGCAGGCACGCUCAAAAUCUCGGACUGGCAGUACUUCAAUGCCCAAGGAGUCUACGUCUUUGACUGCAUCAUCAUCCUGUUCGACAAUCGCUUCACCAUGACCGACAUCGCCAUCCUCACUAACUGCAGGCGUUUCAGGAUCCCCACGUAUAUCGUGCGCUCUAAGGCAGAUCAACACAUUUCUAAUAUCGUGGACGAUAUGGUGAACGACAGCGAUGACGAUGACGGUGAUGAGAGCGAGGAUAAGAAGAAGAAGCUUUACCAGGCUGCACGGCAACAGUUCAUUCAGCAGACGCGUAAGAGCGUGAAAGACAACCUUGAGGAUGCGAACAUUCCGGACCAAAAGGUUUACAUCGUUUCAAAUAAAACGAUGAUCGGUGUCGUGAAGAGCAAGCAGGCAGUGAAGGUCAUCGACGAGAUCGAGUUGUUGAACGACUUGAUCCAAGAAACCCAGACCAGGCGAGCACGUCGUGAUGCCGAGGUGGACAUUAUUAUGAAUGAGAAGUGGUGGCUGAUGAUAGAGAUCUUUAAGUCGUUAUAUUGCUUCCUUCGGGCUCUUUCCAAUCCUGAUGUUGAUCCGUUCUCGCCAUGA